AUGGUAAAAAUACAGAAGAGCUCAGGUAUGUUUUGGAAGAGGAAUAGUGAGUCCUCAAAUUUGUACAAUUUCUUGAAUGGCUUAUUUUGUAUAGGUGGUAUAUAUUUUUUUUUUAUAAUAUUUGGUUAUUAUCAAGAAAAAUUACCUCAAUUAGGAAGAGGAAGUGAUAGGUUUUAUUAUAAUAUUUUUUUAAUAUGUGUUUUAUGUUUAUCAAAUAGUUUAUGUAGUUUAAGUGCUAUAUUUUUUAAGAGUAGAUUAAAUAAUGAAAAUGUGAUGAGUAGUUUAAAAAAAAAUGUAGAUAAAUAUUUUAUAAAACAAAUUAUGUUAAUAUCUAUUACAUAUUCUAUAGCUAUGAUAGCUACAAAUUAUUCUUUAAGUCAUGUUAAUUUCCCUACACAAGUACUUGUAAAAUCUGGAAAAAUGAUACCAAUUGUUGUAGGAGGUUAUUUUUUUUUCGGAAAGAAAUAUCCUUAUUAUGAUUAUAUUUCAGUAUUUUUAAUUACAUCAUCAUUAGUUCUUUUCAAUUUAUUAAGAACAAAGAGUUCUAAGGAAGUUCAUCAGACUACAUUUGGAAUUCUACUUUUAUGUAUAUCAUUAUUAUGUGACGGACUUACUGGACCGAGACAAGAUAAAUUAUUAAGUAAAUAUAAUGUUGAUUCUGUUAAUCUUAUGUUUUAUGUUAAUAUAUUUGCAUUCAUUUUUAAUUUAUUAGCUUCAUUAAUUAUCGAAGGAAAUAAACCAUAUAUUUUCUUACAAAAAUAUACAACCUCCUAUUAUUAUAUAUUAGCUUUCUCUAUAAGUGGAACUCUUGGACAAUUUUUCGUUUUUUACUCACUCAGGGUAUAUGGUAGUUUAUAUACUAGUCUCUUCACAACCCUUAGAAAAGCUCUAAGUACAGUCGUUUCGGUUUACCUAUUUGGACAUGUACUUAAGCCAUUACAAUGGAUAUGUAUAGGAGUCAUUUUUUCAACUCUUAUUGUACAGAGUUAUCUUAAGAAACAAUCCAAAAAAGUUCAAAGUAAAAAUAAAUGA